AUGUGGCAAAAGUCGCAUCCGCCUUCAGCAGAUUCUUUCAGAGACCGGAGAUCGGGGUGGAAGCAAAGGUCGCCAGCUUUUAACCGCGCCAGUGAUAGCGAGUCGCAAAAUUCGCAUCUCCCCUCGACUUCGGGGAUUGGCUUUGGCGGCGGCGCACAGAUCAACAGAGGUGCCAUGGGGGAAGAGAGAACAGACAUCGGGCCAUCCCCCGCCAUCAACGCAGGCACCUUGGCAGAAUAA